GGUGUUGACCAAAAAGUUGCUAAAAACUGGGAGAAAACAAAAAUGAGUGACGUGCCUUCGAUUAACGUUCAAAACCCAACAAUUUUAGAAAGUGGAUCUAUUUAUGGCGGGACAAAUUACGGCAGGACGAUUAAUGGCAAAACUAAUAAUAUGGAAGCAGAACAUGACAUUUCCAACGAAAUGGUCAACGAGAAGGGCGAGAUUGUUCAUUGGACAGAAAAACAUAAGCGAGAUGAGUCUCCUCGUUGCCUUAAUUGUGACGCAGAGAUUAAUAUCACUAUCUUUAGAUCAAUCAGAUUUUGCCCGUUUUGCGGAACUAAUAUUAUAUCAUCUGAAGAUAAAUCGUCACCUGAUUAUGAUGAUACAGAUGAGGAAAAUGAUGCUAUCCCAGACAAUUCAAAGAUGCGAUUGAGCACAGGCACAAUAGUGGAGGACGUUCUCUUCAAAUUUGCAAAGGAUAUGGACUAUGAACAUUAUGCCCAUUCAUAUAUUGUUGACUUUGACGAUGAGGAUAUCAAAGCAUUAUUUGACGAGGAGGAGUGGAAAGAAUUAACAAAAGAUCGAAUUGGGGUUCUACCAGUUCCACAUGAUAUUGCAAAAGAACUAACGAAAUCCAAAUGGCAUUGCAACCUGUAUGAAAAUGUGGAUGCUCCAUUAAUUAGGAGCCAAUAUGAAGAUUGGUUUAUAGUUGCACUUUUUGGAGCAACUGACGCACCAUCGCUGAGUAGUGCAAACAGGAAGAACCGUGACCAAAAAGCAAAUACACAUACAAGAAAACUUGUCAGUCGCAAAAUUGACGAAAUAAUAUAUACCGUUGAUAAACUUCUUGAAGUUGGAGCCAUCGAAGGAGCAAGAUCAUAUUCAGGAGUUUCAGACUAG